CUGUAUCGAUCCAAAUGCGUGCAUCACCAUCCAAGGUGGAGGUGUACGGGGACGAAGAGAUAUUGGACGGGCUCGAGAUAGGGCAUGGCCGUCACCAUUGCUCCCCUCCUCCCCCGCUCCUUAGUUGCUGACCUCGUAUUCUUUGAGUUUUCAAGAUCGUGGGUGUUCGCAGGUGGCGGGAGACGAAGACGGUGGCGAAUACGAUAUCCUCUACCAUCCAAUCCAUUUGGUGGGUGUUGCUAUACGGGAGCGGAUAACCUAGGCGACAACUAUCUGUGCCGCUUCUGUGCUGUACUGUGGUGGAUGGCGUUGUUGCUGUGCGCAAAGACUGUUGCGCACAAGGCUAUGUCUCUAGGAUUCUUCCGUUCGAGAUCGUUAGGACGGUGUCUCAUCCAACCACGAGAGGGACGAAAGCAAUCUGUUGCUCCCACGCCCUGUCGAAAGCCAAGCACUGGCCGCUCCUACGGUAAAGAAAAAUUUCAUCUCCAUCACCUCCGAACAUGCAUGGGGGGCCUAUGGCAUGCUGUUGGGCUCCUUUGAUUCGGUAUGGAUCCUGUACUACUUCACCAGCGGAGACGUGAAGAUGCAGAUGCAGAUAGACGGGGUCGGUACGAAGAUGGAAUUACUCACAGCGGGGUGCACACCGAGAUAUGUGCGUGUGUGGGGGAAGGGGUGGUGGGUGGGCACCGAUUGCCCACU